AUGGACCUCUUGCACCAACGAGUUGAGCAGUCCCAAUUGUCCUCCACAACCUGUGUGGUGAUUGACCCGGAGAUUUCCGAUGCUGACCCGAAUUUCGGGAUUCAUGAAGGAAACGACGGAAUGGAGCCGACCCAUUUGGAUCUUGAUCUGAAUCUAGGGUUUCUCGGAGAGCCCACUUCGACAAAUGUGGAAAAUUCAGGGUUCGUAGCUGAAAAUUUUGAGGGUGGGGACCAUUUUGUAACCGGGUUGCGAGUCGUGGAUAUCGGGUCGGAAUCGGAUUCUGAUAUAAACCAUGACGUUGAGAUUGAUUUUAGUGCUGACGAUGAUGAUAUAAGUGAGGGUGAUGAUGAUCCAAGCCUUAGGCUCUGUUGGGAUUCUUUUCAGAUUGAGGAUCAUAGAGAAGUUAAUGAGGAUUUUGAGUGGGAGGAAGUGGAUGAAGGAGUUGAUGAGAGAGAGGUUCUGAGCAUGUUUCUGGAUGAUGAUGACAUGCCGGUGAUGGCCCGGGAGGAGAGUGCAGAUGUAUCUAGGAAUUUGGACUGGGAGGUUUUGUUAGAUGUGCAGAAUUUGGAAGCAAUCCCCGAGAAUGUGACAGAGACGGCCAUGGGAUUGCGUGGGGGUUGCGCAGGGAAGAGUAAGGGAGGUGAGGGAAAUCAAAUAGAAAGGUGGACUAUGUGUGCCCUUUUUGCUUAG